AUGAAUCCUGUCUCAUCGCUCGUCAACCUCCUCAGAGUUGCCGUCUCUUUCUCCAGAUUACUAAGCUCUUCCUCUGUCUCCUUGCCCGUCCUCUCCAAGGACUUCCAUUCCGUGAAGGAUCACUGCCGCCAUUUGCUCGAACUUGGCAUCCUCCACGAUAACCCAGCUCUGGGUUCGCGUGCCCACGCCAGGAUCGUCGUCUUCGGACUAGAGCGCGAUUCUUUCCUCUCCACGAAGCUCAUCACCUUGUACUCCCUCUGCGGACGGCUCCACAACGCCGAUGCAAUCUUCGCCCGUGUCCCGCGUUGUGAUGCCUUCAUCCUUAACGCCAUUCUCAGAGGAUACUGCGCCAAUGGGUUGCACCAGGAAGCCAUCGAUUUGUUCCACCGGAAGAGGAAAGAUGGUGUGCGACCGGAUUCCUACACCUUCUCCUGCAUCUUCAAGGCGUGCGCUUCUCUCUCGGACCUUCGCCAAGGCAAGGAGUUGCACCAUCUGGCCGCCGCGGGCGGGUUCCAGUCGGACGUCUUUGUCGGCAACUCCCUGAUGUGCGUGUAUGCAAAAUGCGGAAGCAUCGAGGACGUCGUCAGAGUAUUCGACGGAAUGCCCCAGCAGGACACCGUGUCAUGGACUUCGAUCAUUUCAGCUUACGCGCUCGAUGGACGUAAUCUGGAAGCCGCGGAGAAAGUAAGGCAGAUGAUCGAGUGUGGAUUUAGGCCUGACCAGGUGACGAUGCUCACCGUUCUUACGAUGAGCGGUGACACGCCUGAGGUCGUCGGCCAAGUCCAUGGUUACAUGUUGAGAAGUGGGUUUGAACUGACAUCCAUGAUCCAGAACUCGCUCAUUUCAGCUUAUGGCAAGUGUGGCAGAGCGGAGGAGGCGCGGAAGGUUUUCGAUAGCUGCGCCCGAGUCAAUAGAGUUACUUGGAACGCUUUGAUCUCUAGUUACGCUCAGAAUGGGCUGUUCGAUGAAAGCAUGCAGCUCCUUAGGGACAUGAAGCAUUCUGGAUGUGACCUCGACGUGGUUACUUACAGUGGCGUCAUAUCUUCCUUCUCUCAGAACGAUCUGUUCGGCUCGGCCAUGGCAGUUUUCGAGGAAUUGGUGAGUGUGGGGUUGAAACCGGACGUUGUUGCCGUUGCAAGUAUACUACCAGCAAUCUCGGGUCUUCAGUGCUCAAAUUACUGCAAGGAAAUCCAUGCUUUUUCUUACAGACACUGGCUGGAGUCAGACAGGCGGAUUAGGAACGCUCUGGUGUCAGUAUAUAGCAAAUUUGGACUGCUCCAAUGUGCUGAACGAGUCUUCGGGGCCAUUGGCGAUAGAGAUGUCAUAUCCUGGAGCUCGAUGGUCAUGGGGUGUGCGCAGAACCACUACUUUGCGGAAGCGUUGGACACUUUCCGGCAGAUGAUCGGAACGCGGACGAAACCGAAUCCCAUCACCAUCACCAGCGUCCUUUCGUCGUGUGCAGGCGUCUCUGGACUGAGACAAGGGAAAGAGCUCCACGCGUGGGCGGUGAAGAACUCGGUCGACGACCAGCCCUUCGUCGGAAGUGCCUUGGUGGACAUGUAUGCAAAGUGCGGAAGGCUCGGCGACUCGAGAAAGGUGUUCGAUCCGAUGGAGGAUAAGAACUUGGUCACCUACAACGUGAUGAUGGGGGGUUACGCGGUACACGGGCUGACGGAGAAUGCUCUUGAGAUUUUUCGCAUGGUGGACGAACCCGACCAGGUGAGCUUCAUCGCGGCCUUGUCGGCCUGUAGCCAUGGAGGAAAAGUCGAAGAAGGGAUCGAAAUCUUCAACAGCAUGAAGGACCUGAAGGUGAGCCCCAGAGAGGGGCACUACGCUCUCAUGGUAGACUUGUUAGCCAGGUCGGGAAGAUUACAAGAAGCUCUCGAUCUCAUAACCACGAUGCCGACCAAGGCGAGCUCGGAAAUCUGGGGAGCCAUGCUCGGAGCAUGCAGGAUACACUCUGAUCUGGAGAUUGGCAUCUACACGGGGAACCGAAUCAUCGAGUCGGGGAGCGGUAAUUCGGGCUAUUAUGUGCUGCUGUCGAACAUAUUAGCCGACUUCGGCAGGUGGGAGGACGUGGAGGUGAUCAGGGAGUUGAUGAAGGAGAAGGAGGUCAAGAAAUGUGCUGGGUGCAGUUGGAUAGAGGUGAACAAGAGGGUGCGCUCCUUUGUUGCCAAGGAACGAGCACAGCAACCGGAAUGGAAGAGCAUGUUCCAGGUGCUGAGUGCGUUGAAUGAGCAAACCAGGGGAAUGAGCUGCUAG